CAGGAUACCUUUUCAUUUUCUUAUCUAUCGUCGAGGAGGACUAAAAUCAAACUAGCAAUCGAAGGACGCCAAUCAUAAUGGCAACAGAGGSGUUCGUUCCAGAUGCCGAUACAGCGGACCUGCAACGAGAAGAGGUGCAAGCCCUCGAAGCUAUUUUUGAGGACGCCUUCGAGCUACGAUCCAUUCGUAAGCAAGACGACGAAGACGGUAUGGAUACYUUUGAUUUCCCCAUUGUGUAUUGCAUCAAACUCAACGACAUGGAUACGGCAGACGACGAUGGCAGCGGCAACAGUGGCUACGACGGGACGAAAAAUUGGCCGACACGUCCCCUGACGGUGGAAGUCCGAUAUCCCAAGAACUAUCUAUCGGACGAAGACGGUGACGACGAGAACACCGCACGGGGCGCAACCGCUACCGAUCCCACGUUCCGGCUGCUUCACGAAAAUUCUGUUCUGGAGUUCCCAUCGUCCGUUUCCGAAGGGUUGCUGGCGGUCCUCGCCGAGACGGCCGAGAGCGAACGCGGCAUGCCCUGCGUCCUGUCGUGCSUCUACGCUGCUCGUGACUAUUUGGAUCGAGAYCGGGAAUGGGACGACCRGAGCAACCAACCCGCAAGAAACRAAGGGAACGAUCUCGACGGGGCCUUCGCCCAAAACUGCUCGAUCGAUGCUAUAUYUCACGACAACCAGACCACACAUACAAACGACUCUUGUCACUACGCCUGCCUAUCGACGCACCAUUUAUUGGACCACAAACCGGACAACCUGCURAAAACCGGCUUUAAAAAAUGCAGGCUGAGGGGCUUCUACAAAUUUGGGACCCCAGGAAUCGCCAUUGCGUGGGGAGACAAGGAYCAGAUCGAGGACUUUCUCGAUGUCCUCAAGCAGGCCAUGCCGCAGAAAAAGUUCGAUCUCGUCUUUUGYCGUACGUGGGAAAACAUWCAAGAGAUACCCAACGUUUGGGAGAGCGUGGAUCCGCCAACCCUGAAACAAGAAUUGGACAAGCUUGGUCUUCCGGAGGAGGAUUACUACACGGCACUUGGUCUCGAAAAAAGAGGCAAAUAGUGAAUAAGCAUUUUAGAACCACACAAGGUGCGAUCCGAAUGGGACCAAUCCUGGAACAUCUAAAAAUGCGGUAGAUUCCACAAGAUAAGGCAAUUAACAAAUCGCAUUCCAGCUAGAUUCCUCUGUUUUGGAAAUUGAGUUGGUAUAGAAAGAGGAGUUGCAAAGUAUUUUCGACUUCUUCAAUACCAAUGAUUUACAGGAUUCCUCGUUGUUUCGGUCGGAUAGCUUUUCAUUGGCGGUUCCCACUGCGCUCCAUCUAUUGGUAGGCACUCCUGCGAUCUAUUGGUAGGCACUCCUGCGAUUCCAAACUCAUUGUUUUUCCACUUGACCCUUAUCGAGUAUAG